UACUUCCUUUCUUAGUGGUGGUUAUAAGCUGAGCAGGGAAACUUACUUGCAGCUGGCUUUUCGUUGGAGGAACGUCUUCUCAUUCACACAAGAGUACAGCCUAGAAGAACAUGGCUCAGCACUACCUAUGGAUCUUGCUCCUUUGCCUGCAAACCUGUCUGGAAGCAGCCAGAAGUGACACAGACAUCCUCACAGUGAUUGGGAUUGUGGGGGAGUCAGUCACUUUCCCCUUAAAUAUCGAAAAAUCACAGCAAGUUGUCAACAUUGUCUGGAACUCUGAAACAUCUGUUGCUUUUGUAACGCCUGGAGACCCAGGAACAGCACCCAAGGUGUCUGUGACCCACCAAAAUUACAACGAGCGAAUAAAUGUCUCAUGCCAGAACUAUAACCUGGAGAUCAGGAACCUGAGGCUGGAGGAUUCAGGCGUCUACAAAGCCGACAUUAACACGAAGACCGUGGAGGGGAUGGUCACCACCACCAGGCGUUACAGCCUCCAAGUCUUCCGUCGGCUUGGGAAGCCAAAAAUUACGCAGAGUUUAAUGACAUCUAGGAACAGCACCUGUAAUGUCACCUUGAUAUGCUCUGUGGAGAAAGAAGAAGAGAAUGUCACAUAUAGCUGGAGUCCCCUGGGGGAAGAGGGGAAUGUAAUUCGAAUCUUCCAGACCCCCGACAGCCAAGAGCUGACUUACACGUGUACAGCCUGGAACCCCGUCAGCAACAGCUCGGACUCCAUUUCUGCCCAGCAGCUCUGUGCAGACACUGCCACAGGCCUCCGUACUCGCCACACGGGGCUGCUGAGCGGGCUGGCCGUGCUCUUUCUGCUUAUACUCAUUGCGCCUUCAGUGCUUUUGUUCCUUUUGUGCAAAAGAGGACAAGGUGCCUUCUUGAAGCCCUUCCGUAAGAACUCCGAUGCUAUCUCAAAGAAAACAAUAUACACUUACGUCAUGGUUACGAGGGACGCCCCGCCCACGGAGGGCAGAAUCUACGAUGAAAUCCCCCAAUCCAAGGAUCUCCCUGCCAAGGAGGAGCCAGUGAACAGGAUUUAUUCCACGUUGCAGACUGAUAAGAUGGGGAAAGCCAGCUCUCAGGAUGGCAAACCUCCUGGGAUUUCCACCUAUGAAAAUGUGAUCUAGGCUCCCGGCCAGGCUUCUCCCUGUGGAAACGGAGCUUCAACAGCCAUCGAUGCCCCGGCAGAUGCCCCGGACCCGGACUUUCUCUGUACACCUCUUACCUGGAGAUUGCAAACCAUCACACCCCAAUAUGUGACUUUUUGUGACUGGAGGUGAUGACCCUUCCCAGCAACCCCUAUGUAGACAGGAUCGAUAUUUUGCACACCUGUCCUAGGCUGUGGCACACCACCUAGGUUGCUCUGAUCACACUCAAUGUCUGUGAGGAGCCCUGGUGCGUGGCCUCCAUGGUCCACGCAACACCUUGGACAAAUGAGAUGAAAGCACCCUUUCCCUGAGGCAGACGCAGCCCCUUCCAAGCACGUGGCUUGAUGAGGCUUUCAGCCUCUAUGUGCCCCUUUGCCCAGGAACCUCGUGCAGGGGACAGGUGGCUGGACCAGCCCACCCGGACAUGAGAGUGUCACCUGGGAAGCCAGUGGAGGUGUGGUUCUCAGCUGUGCAGACACGCUCUCCAAAUGGAAUGCUGGGAAAAGUGCUUUCUGUGGGGACUAGACAGCUGGGGCAUUUCUCUUCAGGCCCUGCUUCAGAAGCCUCAUAAGAUUUUCUUUCUGGCCAGGCUUUCAUCUUGACUGGUCAUCAUGGGGUGCCCAGAUAUUUGGUUAAACAUGAUUCUAGAGGAAAUCUAUGAGGGCAUUUCUGGCUGCGAUUAACAUUCAGAUCGGCCCACUGAGUAAAGCAGAUGAAUCCCCACCUCGGGAUGGCUGCAUAUCCCCGAUCCUUCAAGAGCCUGACUAGAAGAAGACAGAGUCAAGGGGAAUUAAUUCUCUCUGCCUGAUUGUCUUGGAGCUGGGACGUCAGUCCUCCUGCCUUAGGACUUGGACUUGGACUGGAACUCGCACCAUCAGCUCUCCUGGUUCUCAGGCCUUUGGACUUAGGCUGGAGACACGGUCCGCUGUCCAGCUGCAGACUUUGGGGUUUCUCAGUCUUCACAGGCACACGAGCCAGCUCCUUGUCAUAGUUAUGUGUCCUGUUGGUUCCAUUUCUCUGCAGAACUAAACUAAUACCUAUUCCAAGCAGCCUUGGCAAGAAGAGACACUACCCAGUACCCCAUUCACCAAAAGGCAUCGGCCGGCUCUAUUUUGGACGCUUUAGGGGAGCUGAGUGCAACCCAACCACGGAAACAAGAGACCUCGGAAGAAGUGGGCCGUUCUUCAGAGGGAACGCGGAUGAUGGUGUAGGUGAUGAAACUGGCUUCACCCCUGUCACUAAGGCUCGGUCCAGAGAGCCAGGGACUUCACGCUUUGGUUCGAUGCCCUUGCCCCUCCCGCCAGCGCCGAGGAGGAAUCCCCCAUGGCUGAGCAGAACAUUCAAGUCACCAUGUGAAGAGCCGUUUCCCUUAGGUGUGAGCGCCAGAGCCAGCUAACUCCCAAAUCCCCACGAACAAGCCCAGGCUGGGCAGCAGAAAUAAGCUGCAUUUAGCCAGAAGGAAGGUGGUAGUCCCAGUGAAUGGGUCCGUGGAACUGUCUAGCCCUGACCACCAUUAGCACAGCGUCAGGGGCUGCAAGACCCCCAACGUAUCAGGCGAGCAUAACGUCUGCCCUGGUCUGGCUGCUCUGCUCAGGGCAAGCACAGACACUACAGUUAAAUGCCGAAUUACACGUUCCAGGGGGUGGCAGGAGGUAGCACAGUCCGGGAAGGCUUCAUGAAGGAGGUGGGACUGAGGCCGGGCUCUGGAGGAAGGCUAGGAUCUGGCUGAGAAUGAUGGCACCCAACUGAGGAAAGCACGGGAAAGAAGCAGAGGCCUGGGUCUGUGCGGGGUGUUUUGGGCGCCGCCCCCGACACGCGGAGCACGUGCACAGUCCCUUGCCGUUGACAGCAGAGCCUCUCCGCUUCGGUGUGCGACCCCACCCCCGACACCUGCCACACACGUCAAUGCUCAGCUCCAACAUCACCUCCUCUGUGAAGCUUUCCCUGGUAUCACGGGUCAAAUUAAGGAUGGCUUCUUUGCCCUCCUUUCCCCCCCUGGGUCCUUAUAUCACUGCCACUCAUUUCUUUGUGCCUCACGGUAUAGACCGGGAUUUGUUUCCCUCCACAGUGCACGUAUGUACUGAAGGGCGAGGUCCAUGAUUGCAUGACCAGAGAGUGAUCCUGAGAGGUGAGAGUGUUAUUCCCCUGGCAUCUGCCCCCAGCCAACGUCGCACCUUGUACCCUGCUUGUGAGCAAUAAACGCUAUUGAACACAAGUGAACAUGACCAGCCAGCUCUAGUAGAAGGUGCUCGUUGCAAGUAUUGAUACACAGACGCCAGCAGGCCCAGUGGAAUCCAGUUACGGCAAGCCUUGAAUGUCAGAAUACAGACGUCAGUGUAAGGACACCUUGGAGGGAAGAGACUUGCAGAGUUAGACCAGCGAAGACAUCACCUGAAGCAAUGAGCCAGGUGUGAGUGAAAGGCAGCCCCGCUAGGGAGGGACAUGAAGGAAGAAAUAAAGAGACUCGUCAUAGGAUGGAGAAGUCCCAAAAGGAUACUGAACAGACUGGGUUUCCCCUCAAAUAAAAGCAUACCUCACCUUUGUGUGAGCUGAGGCACCACUCCCAAGCAUGGUCCUUCUCUAACCUGCCCCUGCUUCUGCCUGGUGUGCUCACCCAGUCAAAUUGCUAGUAUCCUACAGCCCCAGGGGCAGGUGGGGGAGAAGGAAUAGAGGCAGAGGCAAGAAGAGCUCCUUGGGUCUUCCAGGAGAACAAGCCUGGGAGGGAACUGGUGCCCAGGAAUUCCUCAUGUGGCCUUUGGGACUCGGGACCACCGAGCUCCUGUCUCUCGCUUUCUUUCCUCUGACUCUUGAUUUUUAAAGAUGGAAGCUACUCACCCCAUCCCCUAAGGGCUUGGUUCUCAGAUUCUCUUUCUGUGAAAUGGGUGUGAUCUUAUUUUCCCCUUCACAGAUUUCCAAAUGAACUAGAUUGUGACCAACAGGUCUACAAAAUUACUCUUUGCAUGGAACAGACCUUUGUGGGCCAGUUUUUACCAAGAUGCAUUGAAAUUGAAAUCUCAGGCGCAUGGCCCUCUAGCGGCAAGCGCCGGUAAGGCAGCACAAGCCCCGCACUGCUGCCCACGUGGGCUUUCAGCAGAGAAUAGGAGAAAUGGUGCAGCAAAUGCCUCUCAGGAAAAGGGAGUGAAGCCGAUUUAAAAUGUGAUGCUUAAAAAAAAAAAACCUAUAGAAAGCUCUAAACUGCACAUCCCACAAGAGAAGAGCUUGGCUGGGCCACUUUGGAAACCGGGCAAAGGAAGGAAGGAGCCUGAUUGGUCUUGUGUUUCUUUUUCCUUUUUUUUUUUCUUUUUUUUAAAGAUUUUAUUUAUUUGAGAGAGAGAGAGAGACAGCACAAAAAGAAGGAGGGGCAGAGAGAGAGGGACAAGCAGGCUGCACUGAGCAGGGAGCCCCACUCGGGGUUCAAUCCCAGGACCCCGGGAUCGUGACCUGAGCAGAAGGCAGACACUUCACUAACUGAGCCCCCCAAGCGCCCCUGGCCUGGUGUUUCUUAGGCUCAGCCUGGAGAAAAGAAAUGGCUGGACCUUAUUUUCUUCCAGAUCCAUUACUUUUCUUCUACUUGACCUUUCCCUAUAUUUUCCUGGAUUUGAGUAAUUUUGUCAAGAACCAUCAGCCACAAUCUCACUGGCUGUAAAAUGAGGUUUGGAGGAGGAGGCAGAAGGCAGAAGGGCACUAAGUGGUCCCAAACGCAGGCUCCAGUGCUGGAGUGCCUCGGUCUGAAUCCUGGUUUCUUAGUUCUGUGACCUCGGGCAAGUUAGGCUCUCCUCUCUGUGCCUCAGUUUCCCCACCUGUAAAUUGGGGACAAUAAUAGCUCCUGCUCUGUGGGGUUGUUGCGAGGCGGCUCUGUGAGACUAUGCCUGCAAGCUGAUCUCACCGGCUUGGCACCCUCAUCCGAUGCUAAACCUGUAUCAGGUUCUUGCAGGACAACUAUCUGAUAUUGUGCUCAAUCAACGUUGCGUUCUGGACUUUGAACUCCCAGUCCUCCUAAGCCAGUGCUUGUUCUUCCUGUCAUUUCACUUACCAGGCUACCUUCCCCUGCACGGGCUCCCCAGCCAGACCAGAGAACAGAGGCUGAUCUGAAUAAUAAUAGUGCAAAUGGGGAGCUCCUGAGGGCAGGAGACUGUAAGAGUUCAGGAAGGGUUUCCUUUGUAUACAAACUGCUCUUCCAGAGGCUUUAUGCAACUCACAACACCCCCCCCCCCCCCCCC